CGGUGCUCUCUCGAAAUUUAGUAAAACUAAGUGCAAACAUCUGCAUAUCAAAUUAUAUACUCUACAGCAGUUAAAAAUAAUAAUUUUUUAAAUAUUAGAACAAUAAAAAUAAUGUAUAAGAAUUAAAUAAAAUUGAUUUUAAAAAGUUAUUGGUUAGUUUGGCUUGAUAAUUGCAAACAAAGCUGUGUGGUUAACAGCUCCAUUUAGACUGUUACUAUAAACAGUUGAAUCUCACUGUAAAACUUUGCAGUGAAAAGAAAUGAAGCCCUUUGAUACAGUACAAACAAUUUUCAUACUUGCAAUAUUCAACUACAGCUUUUCCAUUCCUAUUGAAAAGUCAAGGCAACGUCUGAAACGACACAAUUCAAAAAGAGAAAACCUAGUCUUUUUUAAUCAACCCAUAGAACUUGAUGAAGAUGAAUUUUUGCAAGGAACAGCUAAAUAUGUUCGAAGUGAUGACCUUCAUCAGUUAUACGAUUCGCGGAAACAGGUAUCGCCAAUAUUAGGCGAAACUGAAAAAUAUAAUUUAAAUGCUCAGACUCAAAAUGAAACAAUUGGAGCUAUAAAUAAUGGAUAUAAUAAUGCAUCGACUAAUAAUUUGGGUCAAGAAACGAGAUUUUAUAGGCCAACAGAAACGCAAUCAGAAAUGCCAAGUGCAAAGCCUCAGCCUAUAGAACUUGAAGAUGACAUUUAUGGUAAAUUAAAAAGUGAAAUAGCAAAUAAUUCAGUAAAUACUAAUCCAAUUUGGAAUAAUGCCAAUGCUAGAUAUUAUAAUGAUAUGAUUCAAAACAGCUCAAUUGAACACAAUGGUAAUCGUUAUGUUAAUUACUAUGGUGAUACAACUACUUCACCUCCAACAUUCAAUCCUUUUUUACCAAAGGAAGAAAAAAAUAUAGCUUCUAAUGACUCUUCAAAGACUUUUAUUGCAUUAUCUGAGCAUGAAAGUGUGACUCAAAGUAGUGACACAACAGGUACUAUAUCUGAUGGUGAACUUAAUAUCCAUCACCAAACAGAAAACACUGUGCAUAAUGGUAAUGAUUUUGAUAUUCAUGUUGUAAACCCAGAUCCUCAAAUUAAUGAGCAAUUAAAUGAGAUUAACAUUGAUCAAAAUUUACAGCAAACAAAUGAAAGUUUUCCAAAUUCAGCCUCUGCAUCUGCUUCAAUGAAUGCUGUAAUGAAUUUUCAAUAUCAAUCUUUAGAAACACAAAGUCAAAUUGCAAGUGAUAUAACUGAAGACAGUGGAUAUCGUGUUUUAUCUACAACACCUCAAGUUUCUUACAGUAAUUUAAAUAGUACUUUAAGCCCCUGGUUAGCAACAAGUGAUUCAAGUUCUACACCAGAACAAUCGAAUACUCCACAAGAGCAAUCAUCUUCACCAGUACCACAGACACUGUCAGCACAAUCUACUUUUCCACCAAUACAGUCAACAAGUCAUCUUGCAGAUGAUUUAACAACAACUUUGUCUCCUUAUGAUCAAUGGUUAUCAAAUAUGACACUAAUUUACAAACAGUAUUUUGCAAAUAUUUCAUCAACAACCUCAACAAUAUCUCCCAUGACAACAUCUCCCACAACAACAUCUCCUACAACAACAUCUCCCACAACAACAUCUCCCACAACAAUAUCUCCAACAACAACAGAUCCCACAACAACAGUUCCCACAACAACAGCUCCCACAACAGCAACUGCAACUACAACAACUCCUGCAAUAACAAUUGCAACAACUAUAGUACCUCCUUUUGUUGAAUCAUCAAAAAGUUAUGAGAACAACUUAAUUUCUGAAUCUCCUAAGAAUCUUCCAAUUUCUGCUAUAGGAUUUCAGCAAAAUCUUGAUCAGAUAUCUAGCUCAAAUUAUGGAAAUCCACAGAGAACCAUGAACACAGUGAAUGUAAUUGCGUCUGGACCUGUUAUUUUAAAUAUUCAACAACCUCCUUUAGUAGUGAAUAUUUCUGAAGUAGAAAGUUUAUCUACAAAUAUUUUUUCUCAAGUUUCCCCAGUAAAUUUUACUGCAACAAAAGGUGUUUCUCAUAUAGAUCAUGUAGAUGGUCCUUCACUUAGAAAUGAAAGUAAUCCUAUACUUGUGCAACAAUUUCCUGUGUUAAAUGAAAAAGCAGUUCCAAUGAGUAGUAACACAACUCUUUAUGGAGCAACAAUGCAGCAAUCAAUGGUAGCAGAAAUUUCACAAAAAGAUAUUCCAAUAGAUUCUGAGGAAUCUAAAAACAUAUUAUCUGGCAAUAUUAAUCUUAAUAGUAUAUCUUUUAAACCAGAGCAAACAGAUUCUUUUAAUGCAUUAAAACAGCAAAAUGUUUAUUUAGGUGAAAAUAAAAAAAUAAAUGAAAAUGGAGGCAUUGAAACUACAAUUGUUGGACAAUACAAUCAAAGAAAUAAGGAAUUAUUAACUGGUCCAGCAAAUGGAAGUAUGUACCCAACUUUUUCAAACUCAAAUGCUACUCCUAAGCAACUUGAUGAAGGAACUUACCAGGUUAUAGGACAACCUACAAUUCUUCCAUUUACCCCUGUUAUUCCAAAGCAAAUUGAAACUUUUGUUGCUCCUUCUAUACAAGGACCUUCAUCCAAUACUUUAAAUCUAGAAAAUGGAAAUUUAGUGACUUUUCCAAAAAAAAUUGCUGUUGAAGAUACUUCUUCUGGUGUUCAACAAAUACACAAAAAACCAGCUUUACCACAGCAACCUUACUUUGUUCCUACUUUACAGAAAAAUAAUAAAAUGCCUUAUGUUUUAGAAUCCGUUCAAAAUCAAGACGGCAAUAAUUCUCUAUUGAACAGCUCAAUGGACAAAGCAACUAGCAAACCACUUAUUUUAUCGAAUCCAGUUGAAACUGUUACAACCACUGAAUCUCCCGGUGUUGUUAUCAAAAGCAACAAAGUAGAAGUCAGCUUUGAUAGGUUGCAUUUUCCUGCUAAUUAUCCUGAUGUUUAUAGAGUACAGUUUAAAGUUCCAAUGCAAAACGAGACGAAUGCUCAGACUCUAAAGGAAAAACCUAACAAAUCAUUUGCAGUGCUUGAUAAUGAAGCUGCCUAUGAGUUAAUGAAACCACAAAGAAUGGAAAAUUCAUAUGGUGCUAUUGCUUCAACAACUGUUACUCCUGAACAUAAUGGAGUAACCACUAGUUCAUUAAGUUGCUUCAGAGAUCGUAAAAUUGCAUCUGAUCCAAAUUCUUUUGACAUGUUUAAGCCUGAUUGUUUAUCAAACGGAGAUUAUAAGCCUAUUCAAUGCUAUGAACAUUCCAAGUUUGGUAAAUGGUGCUGGUGUGUUGACAUAAAUGGACAGGAGAUUAUUGGUUCAAAAGUUGAUGCUCAUUCAGGUAAUCUUACCAAUGAAAAAUGUUUGGAAUUUCGUAAUCAGAAUUUAACAAAUAAAUAUUGGACUACAUUUUAUCGACCAACCACUACAUCAACACCACUUCACGUGUUUAAUGCUAUUGCAAAUCAAACAAAACUAAAAGAAAUUGGACAGUGUGAAAAAGAAAAACAACUUUCAAAAGCACCAAUGAUAGGUGGUGAUAGCUUCUCGCCAGAAUGCAACAAGGAUGGAACUUAUAAAAGUCGCCAAUGUUUUACCCAUUUGUAUUAUGGAAAGCAAUGUUGGUGUGUUGACAAAUUUGGUCAGGAAUUACUUGGAACAAGAAGAAUUGAUGGUUCUCAUCCAGACUGCAAAAAAGUUAGUAAAGAGCUUUGCACAUACCAAGCUAAAAAGGGUAAAUGCAAUAUGCAUAUUACAAAAAUAUUUUUUAAUUUGCAAACAAAAGAGUGUGAAUUCUUUGUUUAUUCUGGAUGUGGCGGCAAUGCAAACAAUUUUAUGAGUGUGGUAGAAUGUGAGACAAAAUGCAAGAAAGAAUCUCUUGUAUUGGUUGAGGUUCAACCAGAAAAAGCUCAGCCAAAACUAAUCACAAAUACAACACAUGAAAAUGUGAAUCAGAUAUCAAACAAUGAUAAAAAGACUGUGAAUGAAAUACUAACAAAAAUAUCUUUUGCUGUUGUGCAACCUUUCAGUGACAGUGUAAACUCACCUUUAAACCCAACAUAUAUUCAAAUAAAGUCUGCUUUAAAUCAAACAAUUUAUACGCUUUAUCCAAUUUUAUUUAAAAAUGUUGAGAUUGCUUAUAUGGAACCUUAUGUAAUACCUAAUGACUUGAAAAGAGUGCAGUACAUUUUGGUGAACGCUAUUUUAACAUUCAUUGAUGUUCCCAAUGAUGAUUUCAAGUUAAUUCAAGAUACUGUAAACUCUGGAGUUUUUGGAGGUUUAUUAGUAAUCAUGGGUAGUUACAGGAGAAGUCCUGCCCAGGAAGCUAUUUCUAAAGUUGGUUAUGCUUAUGGAGGAAUGGAUUGCAAUAACGAAAGGUUUGGGUGUUGUGCAGAUGGUAACUCGCCUGCUCAGGGUCCUAAUAAAGAAGGGUGUCCUGAAGAAAAAUGUCCAUGCAAAGAAAUAGAUGCAGAAUUCUGCAUUUUGAUUCCAUUUGACAAGAAGUUCAAAAAAAAGAAUUCAUUUGAAUAUAAGCAGCUUAAUAAUGACAUACAUAAAUGGAUGGCUUUAAAUGUCUAUGUUGGUAUUCGAGAGUAUGAACGUGUUGAAAUCAUAUCUUUGAGUGAACGGGAACAAUUGAGCUUGAGUACUGUUAAUUUGACUGAAGUUGUUCUAAAAAUUCACUUUUCUGGUCCAAUUUCUGAUCCAAUUACUCCUUUAAGAAAAACUGUUGACAAAUCCUCUGACAUUUUACCAACAAUGAAAGGUUCUUUAGUAUGUGAUAAAGGACAGCCUUUGACUAAAAAACUUGAUGAGAAAAAGCUUAUUGGAGUAAUAGGUGGAAACAAUGAUAAUGUAACAAUUAUAAAAGAUGAUCGUGCUUUUGCUAUGUUCAAAUCACCUGAAACUGCUAUGGAAGAGAGUGCUUUGCAUGAAGUAGAAGAAUCUGAACCAUCUGAUAUCUCAACCACAAAAAAAAAAUUGACUCUUAUGAUUGCUCGACCACUUCGUUAUUAUCAAAUGGGAAAAUACUUUCCACAUUUGGAUGCUGGAAACCCUGCUUUAAUUAUACCUGAUAAAGAUGGAGCAACAUUCCACACUAAAAAAAUUUACAAACCAUUUGAAUCUCGUUAUAAUAAAGAUUUAAUUCCAAUAUAUAAUAAAGACGGAAAAGAAAUUGCUGCUGUUACUUAUGACAAUGAACUGAAAAAUUACCAAGUGGAUAAUCAUAACAAGCGAGAAAAAAUCUUUCAUCGAAAUGGUCUUGCUAAUCUUGAAACAUUCAGACCUUCUAUAGCAGUUCAUCUCAGUUUUGAUCAAUUUGAAGGUGAUAAAAUUAUUGAUGUUUCUGGAAAAGAUAAUAAUGGCUUAAUUUCAGGAGCAGCCACAAUAAUGCACACAAAUUAUUCUUGUGGGUUUGCUUGCAGAUUAGUUGGUGGUGAUGUAUCCUUUGAUGGGAGCAAACUUGUCCCAAAGCCAGGUAGUGCUGUUACAAUUGCCAUAUGGGUUAAAGUAAAUAACACAAACACUCAGCAAGUCCUUUUUUCUACUGUUGGAUUUUCUCACAAUGAACAACAGUAUGAUUUUAGAUUAAAUUAUGGAAAGAUUAAAUGGACACACAUAGAUGAAACAAAACACACCGUAUUUAAUGUAGAAACAAGAGACAAUUAUGUGAAUCCAGAUCAGUGGGUACAUAUUGCCGGAACAUAUGAUUCUGCUGCAAGAAAAGCUCAAAUCUUUGUUAAUGCUAGACUAAUAACCACUGUAGAUGGUUCAGGUUUGUUAUCUGAAGACUGGGGAAAGUCUGCAAAAAUUGGCAGUAAGAUUGAUGGGCAACAGUUAAAUGGUUUUGUAGACGAGUUCUACAUUUUAACCAAAGCUUUAUCAGAAAAAGAAAUAGGAGAAUUGGUGAAUGCCUGUUCUUAUGCUUUACCAUCACCUGAGUAUGGUUUGGACUUUCCUUGCAAAGAAUGUAUUGUUCCUCCUAGUCAAUCAACCUCUGUUAUUAAACCUGAAGUAUCAACUUCAACAACUGAGGUGUUUCCUAGUGUUAAAUGCACUUUAUCAUGCAGUAAUUCAAUUAUAUCUGCAACAAUAUCUACAACGGUAAUCAACACAGUUCCCAUUGUAAGCUCCACACAAGGAAUAUAUCCUACUACUUCAACUGGUCAUUUUAUUUCAUCUACAUCAGUUUUGUCUUCUACUUCAGUACUACCUACAGUUCAAUCGACUUUUAUUUUGUAUUCUUCUGCAGUCCCAAAUGCCCCCACUACACUACUCUCUAAAAGUUUUUCUACAUUUUCAUCAAUUAAAGCAGAUACCUCCUCAUCAAUAUUUGUAACACCUACACCAUCAAGUUCUAAUGUUGUAACUUCCACUCCACCACCCACAACACCCACUUCACCUGUAUCACCAACAAAAGAACCAUCAACUCCGAUUCGUUCCUGUCGUGAAUAUUAUGAUAGGUGUCACAGAAGACAUGAUGGAAUCUAUCGUCUUGCUAACGCUGUACCAAAUGAUGAAAGUGAAACAUAUUUUACAUACUGUGACAUGAAUAGAAAUCAAGGAGGUUGGACUCUAAUUAUUACGAGUCAAAGUGCUGAUUGGGAUCUAAAUAAUAUUUUGUUUCGUGGAAACGAUAAUCCUGGAUUGCAGUCAGAUUUUUCUAUUUUAAAUCGUGCUGAUGGAAUAUUAUCACUUGCAAAUAACAGUUUUCAAUAUCGACUAGAGGCAGGAGAUUUAGGUCAAUUUGGUGGAAUUUGGGAAGCUCCUGCAGGCUACAAAAUUUUAAAUCGCUAUAACAACCAAACAGACAUAAAACUUGUGAAAAAGUUUAGUCAAUGGAAUUACUCAUCAUCAAUACGGUUUCGCAUGCCUUAUAUUCCUCUUGGAAGUUCUAAAGCUCUAUUGACAACAGCAGAAAAUCCUGAAGAAGAUUGGUUCGGCACACUUAUUGCAAAAGAUGCUACAUAUGCUCCUGCUCCUUGGUUAAAAACAGUUGCUGAAAAUCCACUUACCAUAUGGUAUUGGGUUAGAGAAGCAAAAGGUUUGAAUGAUGUUAAUUCAGAAAACUCUUCUAGCCAAAUAAACAUAUUUUACUACAAUGUUGAAGUUGUAAAUAAUAUUAGUGCUUCAAUUGUGUUGGAAUGGACAUUAGGUAGUGACAGAAAAUUUCAAGUACUUGAUGGUUCAAGUGUUACACGUAUGGUAAAUGAACUUCGAACAACAGUUCCUUCACCACCUGGUGUUUCCUUUAAAGUUUCUAGACUUGAUCGUGCUCAACCUCUGUUUAUUAAUAAUGCAGAGGAAUUAGAAGUAACACCUGCUGUAGCAAGAGAAGAAUUUACAUUACAAGAAAUUACAUCAGUUCAGUUAAAAGACCCAAAAACAGAAGAGUUAAAGACAUUCUACUUUAAUUACCAGUUUGUAAACCAUGCUGAAGGCAAAGUUGACAUUACAUUUGAAGAGUUUGGGCGUCCUGAAAAAGUUACACUUGAUGCUGAUGAUGUUUUAAAUUGGUUAAGAAUUUUUAGAUCUAGAGAAAAACCUACCUUUGUUUUAAAAGCAACUAAAAAAUCCAAUGGAUAUCCAUUGAAGAUUAAUGGACAAGAAAACUACACUAUGUUAUCAACCUCUACUCGCAAUUCCAUCAUUAUUGUGGAUAUAUCAUUAACAGGCAAAGAUGUUCUUCUUGAACCUACAUAUUAUUCAAUAAACAUUAAUAUACAAAAUGACGCUGGAAAAAGAGUAACAUUAACGUGGAGAGAUGGUAUCAAAGAGAUUGAUAUUGAUGAAAAUUCCAAAGCAGAAUUUCACCAUAAUUUAACAUCUUAUGUUUCAUCUUUACCACAAUACAAAGUAAUGAUGGUACAGUAUGGAACUAAUAUAUCUGAAUUGGUCAAUAAUCAACAAGUUAUUGACUUAACACCAACAAAAGAUGGACUGAUCCCAAUAACUUAUGUUGUAACUUCCUCAGGAUUAAGUGAAUCAAUGAGUGAAAGUCUUCGUGAAGAUCCUGUUUGUCCUCCAGCAAUUGAUGGAGAUUAUGGUGAAUGGGGAGAAUGGACAGCAUGUAGUGCAAGUUGUGGAACAGGACAAAGAUAUCGUAACCGCACAUGUAAUAGCCCUGUCCCAGAGAAUGGUGGACGAUCUUGUACUGACCAAGGUCUUGGAUUUCCACAAGAAAGUGCAUAUUGUAUAACAUUUAAAUGCCCAGUAAAUGUACCAACAAAUUGCCAACUUCAUGUUGUUGUUAUUAACUUGUCUGACAAUGUUGCUCAAAUAAAAGCAGUGCAAGGGACAAUGGAGGUAGUUAAUAAAGAAAUUUUUCCGAACAGACAUGUGGAAAAUACAGCUUCGGUAAACACAUCUAAUGGUACAUGUCCACAGCCUUUUAUAUAUAUAGCUACAGAUUCUAACAGCGAUGUUCAGUAUUAUAUAAAUGGGCAAGAAUCAUACUCAGUACCUUGGAGCGAAGAUUACAUAUACAAUGUGCUCUAUAUUGCAAAACGCAAAGGAGAAUACAGCGGUGAAUCAAAAAUUUAUUUUAUUAAUUUGCGAUUCAUUAGCACAGUUGUAGUGCCAGUUAACAUUGUUUAUAAUGGCUUUGAAUAUGCAAAACAGAGAGUUAUUCAACCUGGAUCGAUAACAACAGUAAACAUGCUUGUUAAUACAACUAUGCGACCAUCAUUUGUAAUGUCAGCUGUGUAUAAUCUCAAAAAAUACUUUUUAAAUGGAAAUUAUGAGCUAAAUUAUUUAGCAUCUGAUAUAAAAGGAGAAGUAACUGAAAUUAGGAUAACUGAAAAUGAAAUUGUGAAUCCUCUAUCAAAACAGUACUUUGUAAACAUAGAGAUUAUUAACACUGUUCCGGCUAACAUCAUUGUUAUGAUUGAUAAUGAGCCAAUUGAACUUUAUUAUCAAGAUGUUGUACUUCGUCGUGGAAUCAUCAAUUCAGUUUUCCAGCCUCUUCCUGUUGUCUAUACAGCUCAUAUGAAAUCAAACUCAUCAGUAAAUUUAUUUUUGAACAAUCAGCUGCAAUUGUUGUAUAGUUUAUCCACUGUGGACUCAACUUACCGAAUUUUUGUAACAGCAAAACAAGAAAUGUUAGAGCCCAAGGUCUACUACUUAAAUCUGCAGUUCAUAAAUAAAUAUGAAUCAAGCAUUGCUACUGUGAGCUGGGUUGUUAAUGGAAAAAUUUUAGUUGAAGAUGUAGCUCCAAGUUCUGAUUUGUUUGUUAAUUCUGCAUUUAUUAGUGAGUCUACACCACUUCCUUCAAACAUCACUGGUUUUAUAAAAGGGACAUCAAAUAAAGUUUUGCUUAAUGGACAACCUCUUCUACCUGUGGUAGCCAGCCAGCAGCAAAACAUAUUUUCAAUCACAAUUGGUGAAGGUACACCAACAGAAGCUCAGCAAGUUAUCUUUUAUACCUUACUGCAAGUUAUUAACUACGACCCAAGUGACAUCAUCAUGAAGUAUAACUUCAGUGGAGUUGAGCAGCAAGUCUUUAUUCCAUCGCAAAAUUCUAAAAUAAUUUCUGAAUUUCAAGUGGCAGCAUCCCAACCUGACAACGUUUACUUCCAGGCAUUUAAAACAAGUGGUGCUUUAGUUCCUAUAAAUAAUCUUGAUAUGUAUGUGGCUAAGCCAACAACAAGUUGGAAUAUGGCUACAGUUAUCAUAGGCUCGCGAAAACAAUACAAUGUUGUUGUUAAUAUAACAAACUACAAUGUUGAAGGAAAUCCUGUACUCAUAAAAUAUACUAUAAAUGGAAUAACGCAAACAGUUCCAAUCAAUCCCAAGAGCAGCAUUAAAUUAGCAAUAUUGGAAUUUAGUAACAAACCAAUCACGUUUUCAGCAGAAGAUAUACUUACUAAGGCAGCUGUUGCAUUCAAUAGUGGGAAAUAUAAUGUCGAAGUGAUUCCUUACAUUGAAGAGCAAUAUGAAUACAUUACCAUUGGUUCACCAAAUAAACAAGAAUACAAUUUGCUUGUUUUUAUAAACAACUAUGAGUCUCUAGUUGCAGUAAUCAACUAUGAAGUCAUGAGCAAAGUAUUUGAAGUUGUUGUUGGUCCUUCAUCUCUUAAUAUACCAGUUAUUAUUGAAAGUACUAACAAUAAUCCUGUAAGAUUUACAGGUGUAAAUCAAGUUACAGGACAGCCUCUGAUGUUAAAUGAAAAAUCAUUUGUUGAAUUUACACCAUCAUCUGAUAACCAGACUUUCAAAUUUAUAAAUAUUGGAUCAUCUCAAAUGCAAACAUAUUAUGUAAGUAUGGUAAUAUAUAACUCUCGAAGUGACAGUAUUGAAGUAAAAUUCCAAUAUUUUAAUGGAUCAGAAGGGACAAAGCAACUAGCAAGCAUGCAAGGACUAAGUAUUGAUUACAUGGCAACUCUCCCAACUCGACCUUCUAAUAUAAAUGUUUAUGCUGUAAAAGCUGGUACAGAAUCAAUUGUAUUUUUGAAUGACAAAUCAGAAGUUUCUAUUACGCCUAGCACUGAUCGAGAACCAGUUUACUUGGUGUCUGGUAGUGAAGAAAUUGAUCUACAAGCUUAUUACAUGGAUGUAUUGCUUAUCAACAGUGGAACAGAUGAAUUCACAUUCAUGUACCCACCAGUUUUAGGCAAGGUCUAUGUUAUCCCACCACACAAUAAUUUUUCUCUUUAUGAAAAUAAAUCAUUUGAGCAACAACCUGAUGACAUUUUGGUUUCAGUUCAGAAAUCUGGAUCUCCAUCAGCACCUAAAAUUAUUAAAUUUCAGUACUUGAAUAAACCACAAAAACAAGUUAUAUAUCUGAGUGAAGCUAACACCACUAAUCCACCAACAAUCACAAAUAACCCAAGUGUUUAUUACAUUCAAUACUUCAUGGAGAAUCCUUUAAAACUCAACUUAGCAGUCACUUUUAAACAAGCUGGUAACAUUGUUAGAGUGACACGAUUCAGAGAUUUGAAAUAUGGUGAUGCUAUAACUAAUCUUGAUGUUCCAACAACAACACCUGUUACUGUUACAGCUAUUAUUGAAGGAGAAAGCACUCAAGUGUUAAUAAAUGGGCAGCCUGAAGUUACUCUUGAGUUUUCUAAUACAUUAACAACAAACCCACUACCAUUAAAAUUUGGCGUUGGCUCUAAUAUACAAAAUAUAGCUAAAACAUAUGGACUAAGUUACGCUUUAGUUAACACUGGUGGUGAAGAUGACCUUGAAGUUUUAUUUAAACAAGAUGGAAAUGUCAUUAAAACCAUAGAUUUAGGGAAGCAUCAAGUUAUUGAUGAGAUUGUUGUAAAACCCUCUGUUACAUUACCACUGCCAGUUACUGUUACUGCAUUUAAAAAAGGUUCAAACAUGCCAAUUUUAAUUGACGGAAAAUCCGAAGUUAUUAUACGAUAUACUGAGCAUCCAUUUGAGCACUUUACUCUUAAUUUUGCAGACUUAAGCACACCAAUAAAUAAUACAAUGACAACUAUUGGAGGUUCAACUGGUGGAUCAUCAGGUGGUUCAGUGAUAACUAUUGGAGGUUCAACUGGUGGAUCAUCAGGUGGUUCAAUGACAACUAUUGGAGGUUUAACUGGUGGAUCAUCAGGUGGUUCAAUGACAACUAUUGGAGGUUCAACUGGUGGAUCAUCAGGUGGUUCAAUGACAACUAUUGGAGGUUUAAAUGGUGGAUCAUCAGGUGGUACAAUGACAACCUUAGGAGGUUCAAGUGUUGAAUCACCAGGUGGUUCAGUGAUAACUAUUGGAGGUUCAACUGGUGGAUCAUCAGGUGGUUCAAUGACAUCUAUUGGAGGUUCAAAUGGUGGAUCAUCAAGUGGUUCAGUGGUAAUUAUUGGAGGUUUAAAUAAUGGAUCAUCAAGUGGUUCAAUGACAACUAUUGGAGGUUCAAAUAGUGUAUUAUCAGGUGGUUCAAUGACAACCUUAGGAGGUUCAACUGUUGAAUCACCAGGUGGUUCAGUGAUAACUAUUGGAGGUUUGAAUAAUAGUUUAUCCAGUGGUUCAGUGACUACUUUAGGAGGUUCAACCGGUGGAUCAUCAGGUGGUUCAAUGACAACUAUUGGAGGUUUGAAUAAUGAGUUAUCCAAUGGUUCAGUGACAAAUAAUGGAGGUUUAACUAGUGGAUCAUCAGGUGGUUCAAUGACAACUAUUGGAGGUUCAAAUGGUGGAUCAUCAGACGGUUCAAUGACAAUUUUUGGAGGUUCGAAUAAUAGUUUAUCCAGCGGUUCAGUGACUACUUUAGGAGGUUCAACUGAUGGAUCAUCAGGUGGUUCAAUGACAACUAUUGGAGGUUCAAAUGGUGGAUCAUCAAGUGGUUCAAUAACAACUAUUGGAGGUUCAAAUGGUGGAUCAUCAGGCGGUUCAAUGACAAUUUUUGGAGGUUCGAAUAAUAGUUUAUCCAGUGGUUCAGUGACUACUUUAGGAGGUUCAACUGAUGGAUCAUCAGGUGGUUCAAUGACAACUACUGGAGGUUCAAAUGGUGGAUCAUCAAGUGGUUCAAUGACAACUAUUGGAGGUUCAAAUGGUGAAUCAUCAGGUGGUUCAAUGACAACUAUUGGAGGUUCAAAUGGUGGAUCAUCAGGUGGUUCAAUGACAAUUUUUGGAGGUUCAAAUAAUAGUUUAUCCAGUGGUUCAGUGACUACUUUAGGAGGUUCAACUGAUGGAUCAUCAGGUGGUUCAAUGACAACUAUUGGAGGUUCAAAUGGUGAAUCAUCAGGUGGAUCAAUGACAACUAUUGGAGGUUCAAAUGGUGGAUCAUCAGGUGGUUCAAUGACAAUUUUUGGAGGUUCAAAUAAUAGUUUAUCCAGUGGUUCAGUGACUACUUUAGGAGGUUCAACUGAUGGAUCAUCAGGUGGUUCAAUGACAACUAUUGGAGGUUCAAAUGGUGGAUCAUCAAGUGGUUCAAUGACAACUAUUGGAGGUUCAAAUGGUGAAUCAUCAGGUGGUUCAAUGACAACUAUUGGAGGUUCCAAUGGUGGAUUAUCAGGCAGUUCAAUGACAAUUUUUGGAGGUUCGAAUAAUAGUUUAUCCAGUGGUUCAGUGACUACUUUAGGAGGUUCAACUGAUGGAUCAUCAGAUGGUUCAAUGACAACUAUUGGAGGUUCGAAUGGUGGAUCAUCAGGUGGUUCAAUGACAACUAUUGGAGGUUCAAAUGGUGGUUCAUCAGGUGGUUCAAUGACAACCUUAGGAGGCUCAACUGGUGGAUCAUCAGUUGGUUCAAUGACAACUAUUGGAGGUUUAAAUAAUGAAUCAUCAGGUGGUUCAAUGACAACUAUUGAAGGUUUGAAUAAUGAGUUAUCCAGUGGUUCAAUGACAACUAUUGGAGGUUCAAAUGGUGGAUCAAUGACGCUCGGAAAUUCAACUGCUGAAUCAUCAGGUGGUUCAAUUAUAAAUCUAGGUAGUUCAAAUGGUGGAUCAUCAAGUGGUUCAAUGGCAACCCUAGGAGGUUCAACUAGUGAAUCAUCAGGUGGUUCAAUGAUAAAUCUAGGUACUUCAUCUGAUGGGUUAUCAGGCGGUUCAAUGACAACUAUUGGAGGUUUGAAUAAUGAGUUAUCCAAUGGUUCAGUAAUAAAUCUAGGAGGUUCAACUUAUGGAUCAUCAAGUGGUUCAAUGACAACUUUAGGAGCUUCAACUAAUGAAUCAUCAGGUGGUUUUGUCAAAACUGUUGGAAGUUCAAAUGUUGGAAAAUCAGGUGGUUCAACAACACCCUUUGGUGGUUUAUUCAAUAGUUCAAUAAUGGUUUUGGGAAAUUCUUUAACUAAUUCUACAAAAAUACCAAAUAAUACAAUCCCAAUUUCUGUUCCUGUUGGUCCAGCUGGGUUUUAUAUGGAUUCUAGUACUACCAUACCAUAUUCUAAUAAUAUAGAUACAAAAACAAAUAUUCAAAAUAUUAAGCUCUCUGUUUUACCUCACACUUAUGCUUAUCCGCCAUCAAAUCUUGAUACUUUAUUGGGGCAACGUCCCGUUGUUACUAACAAGUAUCCUGGUAUGACAGUUUCUACAUCAAUAGAUCAGGCUGUUGUUGAUCCAUUAUUAGUGGAACAAAAUAAACUUAAUCAAAACUUCUCAUCUGGUAAUUUUUUAGGUAAUCCAUUGAUAACUAAAGAAGGAUCAGCUGAUUCAUCAGUUGGUUCAAUAACAACUAUAGACAGUAACACUGGUGGUUCAAUGACAACUAAAGAAAGUUCCACUGGCAAUUUAUCAAGUGGUUCAACAACCACCUCUGGACCUGGUUUUUCACCAGGUGGUUUGAUAUCAACUCCAGGUGUUUCAUCUGAUAGUUUACCAGGUGGUUUAAUGAUAACUAAUAAACAACCUAAUUCUGUAAUUUCAAAUAAGUUACCUAUUGUUGCUGUAAUUUAUAACAAUACGCAAGCUAAAAAUUCUGAAUCAUUUAAAAACUAUGAUGUUUAUUACAUCAGCUUGCAAGUAGAUAAUCAAAAUUCAAAAUAUGAUAGUGUUCUCAAAUGGACUCUCCCUGAUGCUGUAACAGAUGAAAAGAUUAUUCCUGCUAACUCUAUUGUUUUUCAUGAAUUCCAGAUAGGAGCUACUGGCACCCCCAAGCCUGUAUUUUUUCAAGCUCGUGUAAAAAAUACAAGUCAAGUUCAGAAAUUAAACGGUCUUGAGAAGUUUUCAAUAACACCUUCAAUAAUCAAAUCAACCCAACUAGUAAAGAUUGAGCUUCCACUCCACUCGCCAACCUCAAAACCAAAUCAAGGAAACUCAAGUAAUUUGGUCUUCAAAACUUAUUAUGUUAGUGUACACCUUAACAAUAAAGAAAAAAACAAUGUUAUUGUGAAGUGGAAUGAGUUGAAUGAAGAGAAAACUGUUUUUAUACCCAACAGGGGAGAACUUUAUCAAGAAUUUGUAAUUAGAUCAGACAUGGAUCCUGGUAAAGUCACUUUUAGAGCAUACAAUUCAGAGACAAUGAAAGCUAUAAAAAUUAAUGGAAAGGAUUCUUUUAUUGUCACUCCAACCACCAGAAAAGUUGUAGUAACUGCAAAUAUUGGCAAUAAAAUUGGUUCUGGAAAAACUUAUUACCUUACAUUCAAUAUAUUAAACAAAAGCAAGAAUAAAAUCAAUUUAAUGUGGGUAGAGAAUGGAGAAGAGAAAAACAUUGAAAUUCCGAGAAGUGGUACUGUUAUAUAUCGUAGUCAGUUCUUAUCCACUACUGCACCAGGAUUAAUUGAUAUUUCUGGUUAUACUAGUGGUAAUGUCUCUCGAAAGGUUCUCGUAAACGGUAAACAAAUAUUUCAGUUAGAGCCUCGAGAAAAUCAGGAUGUGAUAUAUAUUGAAGUAGCAAACGCAAAAUCAGAAGUUAAGCAGCAAACAUUCUAUAUGAGUGUUCGAGUAGAGAACAAUGCUAAUGAUGGAGUGUUACUGGUGUAUAAAGAAAAUGGUGUUGAUCGGGAGCGUCAGAUCCCUGCCAACUCUGUACAAUAUGCUGAAAUUGUAACAACUUCAGAGUCUCAGCCUCAAGAAGUUGUCUUUAAAGUAUUUACAAAAGAUCGCAUGCGACAGUUGCUCUUAAACAACCAAAAUGAAAUUGUUAUCAAACCAAUGGUUGAUAAGGUAACCACCAUUUUGCAAGUCGGUGAUCCAGUUCUCAAAACGUAUUACAUUAAUCUUCAUAUCACUAAUAAUGCUGGUAAAAAAGUAACACUAAAAUGGAAUGAAAAUACUAAUCAGCAAACACAAGAUAUUGAAAGUGGAAAAGCUGCAAACCUCUCAAAAGUUAUUCAUAUAGCUGAUGACAGUCUUACUCAAUAUGAGUUCCAGGUGCAUGAAUAUGGAACAAACAAAAAUUUACUUAUUAAUGGAAAAGAAAGCUUUACAUUGAUGCCAUCAAGUGAUUCAUCUUCCAUAUCAUAUAUUGAGCUUACUCCAGGAGAGCCACCAAAUGGAGCUUAUGUAACUGAAACUCAUCUUGUUGUAUUGUUUGACAACCAAAUGGAUCGAAUGAUUAAGAUUAUACCAAGUCGAAGUAGUCGAGGCAAAUAUUUUGUUGAGCCACGUGCCUACUUACAAGUUAACAUUACUGUAGACAGUCAGAAUCCGUUUGAAGAAAUAUAUUUCAAAGCUUUGGAUCAAGAAAAACAAUAUCCAGUACUUUUAAAUGAGUCAUUAAGCAUUCCAUUAAAACCAACAACAAAUAUAAAUUUUGUUUACAAUGUUACUAUAACUCCUCAGGCAUUAAAGGUUAUUCCUAGCCAUUCAUAUGCUUUCCUUGAAGUCCAAGAUGACAUGGUUCUUGGUAAUCCGUCCUUUACAACUCAUGGCGUAUCUGCUGCCCAAUUAGGAGGUUUGCAGUUAAAUGGACCAAAAUCAUGGAUGGAUGCUCAGUUUCAAUCAAAUGAUUGUCUCAUUAAGCCUUACUUAUGUCCAGAUGGAUUUACAUUGUCAUUAAAGGGGGGUUUUUCAGACAAAUUGAAUACAACUGAAACUCGCUAUGUUUUAGACAGUGGUGCUUAUGGUGGCUCAUUUCCUGGUGUUUCAAUGUAUCUAAAAGGAAAUAAACUUCAUUACCAACUUACAACAAAAGAUAAAACAUGGACUGUUGAACAUCAAGUAUCUGAUGAAGAUAGGGAAAUCUAUAUAAUUGCUACAUGGAGAGAGUCUAGUGGUUUAUUAUUUUACUUUAAUGCAGUAUUGGUAUCAGCAGACAGCACUGGAACCAGAAUUACUGAAACAAAUGAGAAUGAAAUAAGACCAAACUUUAGUAUAGGACGUAAUAUCCAUGGAGAAUCAUAUGGAUACUUUAGUAUUAGUUCAUUUACAACAUUCAAUACGUUUAUAGAAAGUUCAGACAUUCUAAAUGUCUACAUAUUUCUGUGGAGUAGCUAUGCUGCAAAAGGGUAUACAUGUAAACUACGUGUAAACAUGGCUGAUGACAGAGUAGCUUUACUUUUACCUGACAAAGGAAAGCCUGAAGGUUUUAUUAUCCAUCCUGAUCGUCCGUUAGAAAUUACUCUCAUAGACCUCUCUACUGAUGGAAAGACUGUAGCAUCUGUCUAUUUUACUGCAAGUGAUCUUAAAACAGGAGUUCCAUUACUUAUAAACAAUAAUUACAAACCAGUAGAAUGUUUACCAGUUGAGCGUCAAUUAGAAUACAUUAAUCUUGUAAUCACAACACCAGCACCUGGCGCCAAUCCUGUAUUUAUAUGGGUUCUGAAUGAAAUAGUUAAAGGACAAAUACACACCAAUCCUCCACUCAUUCCUAGUACUGAAGGAUUAGAAGAAGUAGAGGGGGGAAUAAAAUUUGAUGGAAAAACAGGCUAUUUAUAUGCAGGAGAGUUUGAUGGAACUUGUUUUUCAAAUCCAAAUUUAUGCAUCCAAGGUUUGACUAUAAUUGUCCAAGUAAAAUUGCUUGAAAAUAUUGAUUCAAACAUCUCAUUGAGUAAUAGAAAAAAUAACUUUGAGAAUAUACCUAAAUAUAUAAUUGAUUCUGGAGGCCACAGAGGUCAAGGUUUUUCAAUUUAUGUGCAAAAUGACCAAAUUUAUUGUGAAGUAUCAUACAAUGGUAUUAUGUGGAGGGUUAAAAAUAAGGCCGCUUAUAAUAAUUUGACAUCAAUACUUUUUACUUGGCACCAAGAUAAAGGUCUUACACUUUUUAUGGAUGGUGAAGAAAAAGCAAAAACAAUGAGUGCUGUUGAUAUUCAAGAUCGUGCUGGAGAAUUUAAUAACAGAAUAACAAUUGGAGCUGAAAAUACACAAAGUUCUAAUACAUUUAUUUCUAUGGUUGCGAAGAAAAUUGUAUUUUUUGAACAAUAUGUGUCAAGGUCUGAAGCAAUGAAAAUUGAUGCUUUUUAUGGAGUGCAUUCUGUGACAAUUUCUGCAGAUCGUUACAUUAACAUCAAUUUUGAAAACAAUGCUGGUGCAGACGUCACUUUGUUUCCAGACAAAGGCGAACGUAAAAAGGUUGGUUAUUCAAUAAACCAGAAAAUGAUAUUAGAACUCAGACUUGUGGAACAAGGUUCACAAACAAAUUUCCCAGUAAUUUUCCGUGCUAACAAUUCACAAACUGGAGAACCGUUGCUACUUGAUGGUAGCAUUACAUUUGUGGGCACUCCAUCAGAAAAUCCUAAUGAAGUUUUUCUUGUAAACAUAACUAAACAAUUAUCUUGUCCAGAUUCUGAAGAAAAUGGCGUCUUCCCUGAUCCCGGAGAUCAUUAUUACUUUAUUUUAUGUAAUCAAGGUAUUGCUCAGCGGAAAAAAUGUCCAACUGGUACCAUGUUUAAUAAAGAUAAAAUGGAAUGUAUUAAAGAAAAAGGUUUGAAACCAAGUAUAAAAGUAUCAGCCCAAGUCAAAAUGCAAAAUUUUGCUGGUGUUCCUAUUAUUGUCACAGCAAAACCAGCCAAUGAAAGCUUUAAGAAAGAUAUUGACAUGUUACCUGGAAUGCGUAAAACUUGGAAAAUUGAUGAAUCUUCUAUGAAUGAGCCUUUUGAAUUUACUGCAAAGUCUGUAGAUCCAUCUAAUUCAAAAGAACUGCUAAUAAAUGGAAAAAAGUCUGUAGAAGUGCGACCACAACCUGAAGAAAACUAUAUUGUUGAGCUUACCGUUACUGAUCCUGAUUUUUUUUAUACUGCUACUACAUACACUGCUGAAGGAGCAGAAGCUGGCACAGCAGCAAGAAUUUUUAUUAAACUGUAUGGUGUCAUUGGUCAAACCAAUGAAAUCCAGCUUGUUGGCAAAGAUCAAAAUGCAUUUAAUGCUGGAGAGACAGACAGUUUCAAAAUUGAUGCAGGUAACUUAGGACAUCUUCAAAAAAUUUUAUUGCGUUCUGACGAUACAGGCCCAUCAGCUAACUGGCAUAUUGACAAAAUUAUAAUCAAUGACACAAUGGGCAAUGUUUACAGAUUUCCUGCUAAUGUUUGGCUAUCAAGUGAACCUGGAAAACAUUUGGAAAUGACUUUUGAGGUUGGAACUGGAGCUGUUGAUAUAACAGGUGCAUCUACUGGAGCUCAACAAGUCAACACUGCAAAGCUUGAAGUUGUAAAUUUGGUAAAUCAUAAAGUAGACUUAAAAGUCUCUACUUCAGAGAAACCAUUUCGUAUUAUGGGUUAUGAAAACCAAGAACUUAUAAUAACCACACCAAGCAAAAAUGAUGUUAAUGUAACCGUUGUUGAUGCAGACACUGGUGAUAGAUACUAUAUUAACAAUGAACUAAUUCAUACCAUUUCAUUAAAAGAAGGUGGUGUUGUUGAAAAAAUAACCAUUACUGAUAAACCAUCGGCUGCAAUUGAAAAACAUGCUAAUAUUGCCCUAGGGAAAAUGCUAGAGUCAAAAAACACCUCAUAUGACUACGAAAGGCCAUCGUAUCAUGCUACUGUUCCAACCAUAAAUACUGUAAUUAUGUUGUGGCUUGAAAACACUGUUUCUGAAACAAUUGAGCUUGUAGAAGUAAGAAACACAAUAAACCCUGUAAUCAUACAAAGUAAUACCACAGCUAAAUUUGGAUUGUCUGUUGCAAGUCAUAUGCCUCUGAAAUUUCGUGGGUUUCUUUAUGGAAAUAGAGAUGAGCCAGUUUUGUUAAACAAAAAACCAGAGUUUGAAGUAUAUUUGCAGUCAGAUUUUUACCACCUUGUUCAUAUCAUAAUUGAAAGAAUGAAACCUGAAAUCCAAAACUUAAAGCAUAAAAGCAAACCUGUUUCAAAAAUAAAGGCAUUCAUAAACAUUAAAAAUGAAUUAGACCAAGUUAUUAAAGUCUAUGAUAUUACUGGAUCCAUUGAACCUAUUCAUAUACAGCCUUAUCAAAACAUACAAGAAUCUUUUACUGUUUCAAAUAGUUGGCCUAUAGUUUUAAAAGCUCAAAGUGAAAAGCAAGAAAAAAUUUUAUUAAAUGGCCAGGAUAAGUAUACAUUUAACUUGCUUCCUGGCAUAGAAAAUUUUAUAAAAAUUUGCAUAACAAGUUUGCCAUCUGCAGUUGAGAAAGAAGCAACCACAAAUGUAAUAAAGAGUGAUAUGAAUACAAUUCUUCUAAAUGUAAACAAUACUUUAAGUGUACCGAUAAUUGUGAUUGAAGCCGUAAAUCAUUUACAGCCUAUUAUUGUUCCUCCUAAAACUGUGUGCAAAAUUGGAUUUGUUAUAAAUGGUACUGAAUUCAUAAUACUUACUGCUGUUCAAGUCGAAACAAGACACAAAAGUGCACUUAUUAAUGGAUUUAACAAUCUUGCUGUUCAAGUAAAAAUGGAGCCAACUGAUUUUGAAAAAAUUGAUAUCACAGGGGAUGAUGUUAAUGUUAAUGAGCAACAGUUUUACAAGCCAUUAAACAUUAGUAGCAUUAGUUUUAAUAAAUCAUUGGGUGUAGAAGUUUUAAAGCAGGCAGAAAUCAGUAAAAUCCCCCCUGUGUUGCAUGAUGAUUUUAAAAAUUUAGAAGCGGUCCAAUAUAAAGCCCUACCAAACUUUAUGAGAAAUGAGGUCAAUCAAGCUAACUCGUCCUACUUUAAUGAAUACAAUUUAAAUGAUUUAAAUAAUUUGGAUGCAAUUAAAAAUGAAUUCCUCUUUAAGGUAAACAGUACUAAUAUGUUCAAAAUUGGAAAAAAUUCCUCCAGGCCAGACAUGUAUCAAGAAAUACUUAGUGAGAGUGUUACCUCUGAAAGUAUAGAGGUUUUAGAUAGAUUUCCUCAGAAUAAGUUUCCAAACCAACUAGGGUCAACAAACACUGUUGAGCUACCUAAGAAAACUAUGAAUUUGAUUGAAAGUGACAACUCUUAUGUAGCAGAGGUUCCUGUAGACUCACUGUCAGAAAAUAAGGAGAACUUAACAAAGAUUGUAAAAACCGACACUGUUAGUAACCUAAUCAAAAAUAACAACAACGAAUUCAAUGAGAAAAUGAGUCCUUUAAACAUUGGUAAAAAAAACUACAUUGAUCUUUCUAACAUUUCUGUGUCUGAUAUUAGAAAACCAUUGAUACUUGCGGAUAUUCCCAUUAUACUCACUGAUGUUCCCUUAAAUUUAACUGCAAGUAAAAAUAAUACACCAUUAGUACCACAUAAGUUAUCUUCUCAUGAUAUUGUGUUCUUUGACAACCAAACAUCAAAAUCACCAAUUGAAAACACAAAAAACUUAUCUCCUGUAAUUCCAAUUUUACCAAAUGUUAUUGAAGCAAAUAAAGUUGGAGACAAAGCAACUAGCAAUAUAACUUCAGAAACAGCAUCAUUGACCACUCAAAUACAGUUCAUAAUCAUUAACAAGGCAGGCGAAAACAUCACUAUUUUGGAUAGUUCUGGUAAAUGGAAAAUGACUUUUCCAACAGAAAGUGAUGAUUCACGACCUCAGGUGGCAAUGACAUUUAAUAAAGAUAAAUCAUUAAAGUUAACUGCACGGUCAUCAAGUGGAGAAUUUUUGUACAUUAAUGGAGAAAUGGAAUAUAUUUUAGGUCCCAAUAUGCAAACAAAUGGUUUAGUAAUACACAGAGAAGGUCAUGAUUGGAAAUCUGAUCUGGCAUUUGGGGGUGGUUUUAGUAAAAAAGUGUCAUUUGCUGCAUUAAAUGUUGCUGGACAAGAUGCAAUUCUAAAAGAAAUUUCUGGUACCAACAUUGCUAUGGUAAUCUUGAAUGGUGCUAUUUUAGAAGGAGGGCAAUCCAUGUUUGGCCGUACUGAUCCUUUAAAAUAUGUUGCUAUUACUAGAAGUGGAAAACCACUCCUUAUAAAUAAUUAUACUGAUGGUAUUUUUUUGGAACCUAAGUCAGAUAAUGAAAUAGCAAAAUUAGUUAUCCAUGACAGAGACACUAUCAAUGAUUGGAGUAAAUAUGUUGAUAGAGAAGGUAAUCUGCUACCUCCAUCUUAUCCAGGACAGAUGUUUGUAUCUCCCAAUAUGGUAGAGGAAGAUAUUACUCUUUCUGAAAUUACAGAUACUGGAAUUUCUAUGGACAUACAAAAAGGAGAUAUGAUUCAGUUUACAAUUCCGUCUUUGUAUAAAAGAAAUAAAGCAUAUCGGUUUGUUGGAGUGAGAAAGGUUUCUCGAUCUAAAAUUCUGCUAAAUGGACAAGUAGAAUUUAGUGUUGAGCCUAGUGAUGUAUCAAUAACACCUAUUAUCAGUCAUAAGCUAGGACAAAAUUGGAAUGAAUUGCAAUCAUCAUUCCUCAGUACUGUAAUUUCAAGCCCUACUAUUCCAUUGAAGUUAGUGUUUUCGAAUCGAAGAGUUGAUAACGACAUUACUAUUUCAGAGUUAGGUGGAAAUUUUAAAGAUUUACAAGUUCCGAAAGGUGCUAUAAUGCUCACUGUCAAUCUAAAGAUACCAGGACACAUUCAAAAUCUAAAUCUUUCUGCAUACUCUGUUAAUCCAAUGACAACAAGAUUCAUGAACGGAGAGCAAAAUCUAAUAGUCAAUACUAAAUCUCCUCCUCCUUUGAUAGUUGUACACAAACAAGGUGAGGUUUGGCAAGAUGAUAUGCAAAGUCAAAUGAAGUUUCUAACCACACCAAACAUUGGUACAGCAAAAACAUUUAAAAUUCAUGUUCGUAAUGAAGUUGAUAAGAGUAUUAAAUUUAGACAGACUACCCCUGCAGAAGGACCUGUUGUUGUUGUUCCAAAAGAUGUAACAGCAAAAGUAGAUUAUGUAGAUAAGGAUCACAUGGGUAUAUUAACAUUUGAAGCAGUUGGUGAAGAGAAUGGAAGAGAAGUAAAUUUUUUGUUGAAUGGGGAAAAUGUUUUAACUGUAAAUGAAGAAACUCUGCCAGUUGAAGGAGAGUUUGUAGUUAUACAUAAGCAAGGUCAGCAAUGGCAAAAUACGCAAUUGGAAAUGAAAGCAAAAGAAAAAAUGAAUAUGGCUUCUGUAAACCCAUUAGGCUCUGAAACUGGUUCAGAAACCAUCUUUACAAAUACUAUGCCAUCUUUAGUUGUCAAUAAACCAGAACAAUCUUGGUCUAAGAAUAAUGAAGCUCCUAUUGGAGUUGAAGUAUUAACAGCUAAUGGAGCAAAUGCAGCCAUUGGUACUGGCGUAAUGUCAACAAAUGAGGCUAUUUCAACAUUUGGAAAAGAUUUUCAAAGCAUGAUAGAUAGCAUGAAUAACACAGUAAAAGCUUUAAGUACUUUAGAAAAAGAAAUAGUUACAGCUUUUCCAAACUCUUUGGCAAACAUGACACAAAACGUAUCCUAUAUUUCAAUGAGCAACUUUACAGUACCGAUUUCUAUUAUUAAUAAUGCUGGUGUAGAAGCAUUAAUCUAUGUAAAUGGAAAAGAGACUUUGAAACUUCCAAUCAGUGGUACUGGGAAGUUAAAUGUCAUUACUCCAUCUGUAGUUAAAGCUGUCGGAGGUAUUACCUCACUUCAGCUAAAUAACCAUGCAGAGCUAAUUAUUAUUAAUGCCACUGAUGUUGUUAUUACCAGACCAUCAGGUUCUGGCAACAAAGACGUAGUUUCACCUACUCAUUAUGGAAAACUAAAUUUUAAAAACAAGUCUGAUAAAGAUGUUAAAAUAUAUGAAGUAUCAGGGAUAGGUGAACCUACUGUGUUAUCAACCAACUAUGUCAGCACAUUUUUUGUCAAAUCUCCAAAAACAAUUGCCUCUUUCAAAGCAGUUGAUGUAGGUUCUCAAGAAGAGUACCUUUUGAAUGGAAAAAAUGUGUUUGAAAUAAAAUUGGGUGAAGAUGGAAAAGCUGAAACUGAUGUAACAAUUACAAAGCCAGAGAGCACAAAAAAAGAUGAUAUAAAUCCAAUUUGCGAGCAACCUGUUGACCCUGGUCCUUGCUUUAGUACUUUAACUGCGGAGCUUCAAAUGGAAGCUCAAGUUGAAGCCGGCAAGCAAAAAAACUCAAUUUGUAAAAGCUAUUUGCAAGAACUUCAAGAAAAGUGUGCAUGGAAAAAUACAACGUUUUCACGAAAUGAGUGCAAGAAAAAGUGCAAUGGCAGCGACUCUAAAGAAAGUAAUAUUUGUGAUCGUAUUUGGAAUAUAAAUAGUUGCUCAUCGUCGAUGACGCGAUACUCUUAUUCGCCGGCGACUAAAUGCAAAUCUAUUGAAUUCGGAGGUUGUCUUGGUAACAGCAACAAUUUUGCAACUCCGCAAGAUUGCUCAAAUGUUUGCUUACCUAAAGUUUCUGAAGAUAAAAGAAUUCCUCGAAAUAUUUACGAAAAACGAAUGAAAAAAGUAAUCAACAGAUCAAAGUUGCUUGAGCAAUUGUCUCAACUUUACUAAUGCGUAUUUUUGCAAAAAAAAGAAAUGUCUUUUAAACUAAAAAAAAAGACGUCAUAAAAACUCCGAAGUAAAGGAAUAACCUUCAAAGGAACAAACCUUCAAAGAAAUAAAGGACGCCUUAGAAACAAGCUUCGAUAUAAACUUUUUACUUGUCAAAAGUCGAUAUAAAAAUAAGAACAAAUACUUUUACUGUUCAAUUUGGACUUUUGAAAGGAAAAAUUAUUCAACGUUUAAAUAUUUUUGGUAACGAUUUUAUUUUUUUAGAAUAUUUAGAACCUUGUAAAUUAUUAGAAUUUAAAUACAAACUAUUUUAGAGUAUAAACCUUUCAUCCUUGA